AUGAGUGCAUCGGCAUUGGACGGCUCGACCGCGCCGAAGCGUGCUCUGCUGCUUGACGUUGACACGGGCGUGGACGAUGCGCUGGCCAUCGGUCUCGCCAUGGGCUCUGGUGCGGAAGUGGUGGCCAUCACUACGGUGGCCGGCAAUACCAGAGUGGACUUGGCGCAAGAGAACACGCUGCGGGUGCUUCGGGUCUUCGGCAGGACGGAUAUUCCCGUGUACCGAGGAGCCGACCGGCCCCUCGACGGAGACUGGAACACCGAGGAACACUACUUCGGCCAUGAUGGGUUCGGCGGAGUGUCCGGGCACUACGACGUCGGGGUGAACGCCGCGGUCACCUCGGGCCUCGAAGACGAUGGCACGCCGGCAGCACUGAAGAUCAUCGAGCUCGCGCGGGCGAGACCCGGGCAACUCACUCUGGUGCUCCUCGGACCACUCACCAACGCGGCUAUCGCCCUCCUGGUGGACCCUCACUUCACCGGAGGCUUGCGUGAGAUGGUCAUCUUGGGUGGCAACAGACAGGGCAGAGGUAAUGCUGUGCCGGGCUCGGAGUUCAACUUCCACACGGACCCGGAAGCUGCGCACAUUGUCCUGCAGAGGGCGCAGUGUCCGGUCACCAUCGUGCCGUGGGAAACAUCCCUUAUCUCCGUACUUCCGUGGGUAAGAAACCUAGAACCGCCUGUCUACCACAACGUGGUGCUCAAGAACAGCACGAGAGCGCAGUUCCUGGCCGACGUGACGCGGCACACGCGCCGGUGCUGCGAAGCUCGCAAGGAGGGCUUCAACGUGGGCGACGCUCUCGCCGUGUUGACGGCGCUGUCACCGGCCUCUGUGCUCGACUCCGUCGAUCGUCGCGUGGCUGUCGAACUGUCCGGUCACCACACCCGCGGUCAGCUGGUCCAGGCCUGGUCACCUACGAUGCUGCCGCAGGUGCGGAGCACGGUGAAGCUGGUCCAGGAGCUGGACCGACGGCUCUUGGCUGACUACGUGACUAGGGCGUUCUCGUGA